AUACGGCAUCGGGAUAGUCCAUCCUAAGGGGAGAGAGAGAUCGAGAGAGGAACCGGGUGGGCAUCAGUAUUAUUACUCAAGCAAGGCUGGCGGCGAUGUAGCCCUCGCUCACAGUCAAAGACAGAGGCUCGCUUUGGUCGCCCAAAACCCGCGACUGUUCGUUGUCGCUCAGAGCACAGGGCAGGCUCGCCGGAGUGGCAUCUUUGGCGGGGGACUUGCUCCGCCCGCUACCUCUCGGGCUUCCAUGGCAAAUCAAAUGCACAAGGAGAUAUGUACAUACGUUUCCUCGCGGUGGCCGGAGAAGUCUCCUUGGUCUUCCUCGCCAAGGGUGCCGAAGCCUUGGUCCUUUUCACCGGUCGCUUGCCGGGCGAUGAAGCAGGGCUCGGGGCCUUUGUUCUGGGUUUCGCAGUUCGUCCCAUUGUUUCGGCGGGGGUGAUACAGAGUGGGUAUAGUAUGUACGGUACGUAGACGCUUCCAGGAAGAGGAAGAGCCGACGAGGUGGUCUCUUUUAUAUAGGGGGGUUAGGGGGAAGUGUGUUGUGAAAAGGGGGCGUUCAACAGCGUCGACUGUCAGACUCAGCCCUCUGGAGGUCGCACUUGCGCCCCCGUCAGUCGGCGUCGAGUUCCCUUCGCGUACA